UAAGUGCAACAGUUCGACAGUUCUUAGGUUAUACAAUUAGAAAAAGAAUUUGGAUGGAAAAUGGCAAGUACUAGUUACGAAAUUAAUUUUUAGAAAAUCUUUUCUCAUAUCGUACGCAAAACAUUUUUUUUAAAGUAUACUAAAAUACUUUAUAUAUGAAAAUGUAUAUAUAAGUAAAUAUAAAAUUGGUCAGAUAGAAAUAUGCAGGCGAAAAGGCGCUACUUACUAGUUUUUGUAGUCGCAUUUUUAACUUUCUGGUAUUUUGGAGGCUACCAUUUACGACAUAAUGAAGAAUUGUUCUUUGAAAUAGAAAUGUUGUCGGAAUAUGUCAGCAUGAAUUUAGUACAGACUGGUUAUUUAGUGGGCGAAUUGGAAAGAAUUUCCAUGGAUGAGAAGAAACAUUGCCGUAUGGAAACAUGUUUUGAUUAUACUAAAUGUGAGAAAGAUUUCAAAGUAUAUGUAUAUCCUCCAGAGGACAGCAGUGUGCCUAGUCCGUCCUAUAUUAAACUGCUCAAUGUUCUAUUAGAAUCUAGAUAUUAUACUGCCGAUCCUAAAAUAGCUUGCAUUUUUGUAUUAAGUGUAGACACUUUGGAUAGAGAUCGUUUAAGUAAUGACUAUGUUAGAAAUAUGCAGAGUAGGCUGCAACGCUUACCUCAUUGGAAUAAUGGCCUUAAUCAUGUCAUUUUUAAUUUAUAUUCGGGUACAUGGCCAAACUAUACUGAAAAUGACUUGGAUUUCGAUUAUGGAAAAGCUAUAUUAGCAAAAGCGAGUAUGUCUGAUAACCAUGUUCGGGUGGGUUUCGAUAUAAGUAUUCCAUUAUUUCAUAAAAUACAUCCUGCAAAAGGUGGUGAACAGGGGUCUACUUCCACAAAUAAUUUUCCCUUGGAUAAAACCUAUUUGUUAGCAUUUAAGGGUAAAAGAUAUGUACAUGGAAUCGGUUCAGAUACAAGGAAUUCCUUAUAUCAUUUGCAUAAUAAAAAAGAUAUUAUUAUGGUUACUACAUGCCGUCAUGGAAAAAGUUGGAAGGAUAUGAAAGAUGAACGCUGUGAUGAGGAUAACAAAGAAUAUGAUAAGUACGAUUAUGAGACAUUAUUACAUAACUCUACUUUUUGCUUGGUGCCUCGAGGUAGAAGAUUAGGUUCAUUUAGAUUUUUAGAAGCUCUCCAAGCUGGUUGUAUACCAGUUUUGUUAUCGAAUAGCUGGGCAUUGCCUUUCUCUCAAGUUAUAAAUUGGAAUAAAGCUGCUGUAUGGGCUGAUGAAAGGUUAUUAUUGCAGGUACCCCACGUGAUUCGUUCUUUAACACCAAAUAAAAUAUUGCAACUUCGUCAACAAACACAAAUCUUGUGGGAUCGAUAUUUUUCAUCAAUAGAAAAAAUUGUAUUUACAACUUUAGAAAUAAUACGCCAAAGACUUCCAAAACAACCAAUCCGUGAUGGGACAAUAUGGAAUAAUUUUCCUGGAGCACUAGUAACAUUAUCACAGUUUUCAGAUUUUGAGGAUGAUUUUCCGUUUCAUUUAGAAAAAGAGGAAAAUAUAGGGUUUACCGCUGUUAUAUACUGCCAAUUAGGUCUCCCUUUGGUUAGCAACUCGCCACUCUACCGUUUGGUAAAUCACGUUGGUCGAAGUAAAUAUGUUUCUAAAAUUUUAAUUGUCUGGUCUAGUGAGAAACGAUCACUUAGUAAAAAUCGUUGGCCAAGUUUACCAGUUCAUGUUCCAUUACACAUUAUUCAACCUGCUGUGAAUUCUAACAGUGGUAAUGAACAAACGAAAUUGAGUAUUUCGCAACGAUUUUUUAAUCAUAAAGAAAUACAAACAGAAGCAAUAUUAUCUCUAGAUGAAGAUACUGUCUUAACUACAGAUGAAAUAGACUUUGCCUUUAUUGUGUGGAAACAGUUUCCAGAUCGUAUUGUUGGGUAUCCAGGAAGGUCUCAUUAUUGGGAUGAUUCAAAAUCAACUUGGGGUUACACCUCUAAAUGGACCAAUGAUUACUCUAUUGUUUUAACAGGGGCAGCUUUUUAUCAUAAAUAUUAUAACCAUUUGUAUACUGAAUGGUUAAGCCCAUUAUUACAUAAGACAGUUGAACAGAGUCAAAACUGUGAAGACAUUUUGAUGAAUUUUUUAAUUAGUCAUGUGACUCGACGACCUCCUAUAAAGGUUACACAAAGAAAACAAUACAAAGAACAACCUAGUGCUGGUACUUGGUCUCCGUGGAAUGAUCCUGAUCAUUUUAUCCAAAGGCAGACCUGCUUAAAUACUUUUGCGGCAGUAUUUGGAUACAUGCCAUUAUUGCGGUCGAACUUACGAUUAGACCCAGUACUGUUCAAGGAUCCUGUUUCGAAUAAAAGAAAAAAAUACCGUAGAAUCGAAUUAGUGGGUAGUUAAUACAAUAUUUGUAUCUAAACUUUUCAAUAUACCAUGUAUCAAUUUUAUAUCAUGUAUUACAAUAUUAAAGGAUAUGAAAUUGCAAAUUAUACAG